AUAGUAAACAAAAUUGAGUUAAUGUUUGGUAAACAAAUGUGGUGAUCGAGUUGAUUUUGCUAAUUAAUCGGGUUACUAUGUUUGCUUUAGGGCUUCGAAGAUCAUGUUUACAAUUAAGAGGAUUAACUAAUCAAUCCUUUUCUAGAACAAUCCUCUCAUCUGAAUAUUUUUGUCAACAAGAAUGGGACAAAAGAUUACAAGAACCAGUGUUUUCUGGUGUCAAUGCAGAUGAAUUUUUCUUUCAAAUGAAAGAGAGAAUUAAAAUAAAGUUACCAAUCGAACCGAUUGAUGUUGAUAUUUUCGCAAAUGUUACUAGUAAUCAAAAUUUGGAGGAAUGUGUUUACUUUUUAACUUUACUACGGGAAAAUAAACGAACGGCAUUUACCUUGGAUUCCACUCAUCAUGCCGUUUGUCGAGCAUUUCUUCAAGCUGGUUCUGCCGAUAAGUUGGUUCCUAUCUUACAGAAUCCAUUGAAAUAUGGAGUUUUUCCUGAUAAUUUUUCUUUCAACAUGAUCCUUGAUCACUUUUUAGAGAAAUCAGAUUUCUCAAAUGCAACCAAAGUCGCAAAUCUUUAUAUGUUACAAGAAGAUUAUUCACCAUUAACUAAUAUUCUCGCACUGAAUGCUGUUUAUGGCUGUUUGAUGGAUCCCGUGCAAAAGGAAUCUUUGUGUGCUGUUGAUAAAAAUUCAGAGAGUCAAGAAGAUACCCAAAAAUCUAAUGAAGAUGACGAAGUACAAUAUGUACGAGUUCCGUAUGUCAGAAAUGCUCAUUUCGAUGAUCAUUUUGACAUUAAAGAUCCUCUUGUUUUAUCUGGUAAAACACUCUACAUGAUUGGAAUGAAAUACGAUGGAAUAAUUGGAAGAACAUCUCAGUUGAUUGGAUUAGCAUUUUAAAAGUGGAAUUUAGCUGAAGAGUUAAUAAAAAAACUCGCUACUUCAAAUUCAUCCGAUGGACAAAUUGCAACUGGUGCUCUCGAAUUAAUAACUAGUUCAGUCGAACCAGUGAUCGAAACUGAUGAAGAAGCAAAAUCUUUUCUUGAGAAACUAAAAAGUAAUGAGAAAUUGAUGUCAGGGGAGCACAUUCACAGUUUAGUCAAGAAAGAACUUAAUCUCAUACCAGAACUUGAGGCCAAAGAUUGUUCCGAUAUGAAAUCUGUAUUUAGUCAAUGGUCCAUUGAUAGAGCGAACGCAAUCAAGGAACAAAUGGAAAAGUAUUUGCGAGAAGAGAAAAUCAAAGAAAUCAAGAGCCUGAGGCAAGAAUUGGAACUAAAGGAAAGAAAAUUGAACUUUUUCGAUAACUUCAACAAGAUAGAAAUGGAAUAUACCGAAGCCCAAAAGAAAUUAGAAGAACUAAAAGCAUCCGAAGCCGAGGAAGAAUAUUUCCCACCGACAAUUAAUAGACGAUAGAAAAUUAAGUGUCAUCAACAGGUAGUUUUGUAAAUCGAUCAUGUUUAUUAAGAAAAUAAAUCUAAUUGAAACUAAA